AUGUGCUUUUCAGAGCAUUCGCUGGUCGCCAUUUUGUGACGGUUCUGAGUCUGGGAAGUAACGCGUGCAGCAGCGAGGCGAGUUCGUGGAAGAAUCUCAGUUACUGUGCGCUAGGGAAGCAUUGAGCUUCUCCGUGGUUGUUUGCGCAGCUAUGGAGAUGGAAUACAUCAGAGUGGCGGAGGAUGAGAACGAGGAGCCGAUGGAGAUACCCUCCGAAGAUGACGGAACUGUCCUCCUUUCCACGGUUACCGCCCAGUUUCCGGGAGCCUGCGGUUUACGAUACAGAAACCCGGUGAAUCAGUGCAUGCGAGGCGUCCGGCUUGUGGAAGGGAUCCUCCACGCCCCAGAAAAUGGAUGGGGAAACCUAGUCUAUUUUGUCAAUUAUCCUAAAGAUAAUAAGCGGAAAAUGGAUGAAACAGAUGCUUCUUCUGCUGUUAAAAUAAAGCGGGCCGUUACAAAAACCUCAGAUCUCAUUGUGCUGGGGCUGCCGUGGAAAACUACAGAGCAGGAUCUGAAAGAUUACUUCAGCACUUUCGGGGAGGUCAUCAUGGUUCAGGUGAAGAAAGAUGCUAAGACAGGACAUUCAAAAGGAUUUGGAUUUGUCAGGUUUACAGACUACGAGACUCAAAUUAAAGUCAUGUCUCAGCGUCACAUGAUUGACGGUCGAUGGUGUGACUGCAAGCUCCCAAAUUCAAAGCAGAGCCCUGAUGAACCCAUGCGCAGCCGGAAGGUCUUUGUUGGACGCUGCACAGAAGACAUGUCAGCUGAUGAGCUGCGCCAGUUCUUCACCCAGUAUGGGGAGGUGGUCGAUGUCUUCAUCCCCAAGCCAUUCAGAGCCUUUGCAUUUGUUACAUUUGCAGAUGACCAGGUUGCUCAGUCCCUUUGUGGAGAAGACCUGAUAAUUAAAGGAGUCAGCGUACACGUAUCUACUGCAGAACCUAAGCACAACAACAACAACCGACAGUUAGAUAGAGGAGGGAGGUUUCCAGGCCCCGGCUUUGGGAGUCAAGCAUAUCCCAGCAGCAGGGGUGGUGGUGGAAGCGGUGGUGGUGCACUUGGCAACAACCAAGGUGGAAACAUGGGAGCAGGAGGCGGUAGUGGCAUGAAUUUUGGUGCUUUUAACAUUAACCCAGCAAUGAUGGCAGCCGCGCAGGCUGCUUUGCAGAGUAGCUGGGGAAUGAUGGGUAUGUUGGCCAGUCAACAGAACCAGCCCGGUCCUCCAGGUGGGAACCAGGGCCAAGGCAACCAACAAAGAGACCAGCCGCAAAGCUUUAGCUCAGGAAAUAACUCUUACGGAUCAAACUCUGGUGGGGGAGGCGGGAUUGGUUGGGGAUCUCCUAACGCUGGUGGGUCUGGCAGUGGGUUCAAUGGGGGGUUCAGUUCCAGUAUGGAAUCCAAAUCGUCUGGCUGGGGCAUGUAGAAGGGAUGGGUGGAUGAAAUAUAUUGUCUGAGUGAUGGGUAAACCUUUUUCUGAUUUCAUGGUAAGUAUAUUGUAAAACGCAUUUAUAGAACUUUUUGUUUAUCAAUUUUCAUUCGGCAUGCAGUGUUCGGCUGCGUUUCCUCCGCUAAGGAGGAGGUUUUUUUUGUACAUUUUCUAAUGGUUUGAAACGCUGGUACUCUGUUGUUUUAAUACCUUCCCGUUGGCUGAAACCUGCAUGCUGAAGAAAGCCAUUGUCCAUCAGUCGACCCGAUGUUUAACUUAGACUUUAUUUGUUUUGCAUCUCUUUAUCGAUGUAACUGGCAUCCCAGAUUUUUGUUUAGGACGCUCUCCUCUUCCCUUCAUUCUGUCCAUUGCCUCGGCUGAUCUCUCCUCACCUUGUCUCUCUGGAGCCUGCACUAGCAUACAAUGCUGUAAAUGUCCUGCCCUGGAUCACUAUUGUCCUCCAAGCUUUUGCCAUCAAGAAGUCUCCAAGCUGCACGCCUGGCGAGUCUUAAGACGGUGGGUGAUCCCUUUUUAAUCCACUACUUUAUUUCAUGGAAGUCGUACCGACGCUUUGAACGCACGGCUGUGAGGUGGAACCAGAAGGCUGUUUGAACUGUGGGAUUGGUGGUAACCAAGGGAAUGAGAGGCUUUGCGAAUGAACGAGAAAAAGAGAGGGUGCAGAGAGACCUGGUGGUGCAUUUUGGAUUUAUUUUUCUUUUAAAUUUGGCGAGAUGUGUCUACUCAAUCCAGUGGCAAUGGUGAGAGUGUUGGAGAGCAGUGGGAGCAAGUAACGUACGAAUGUUUCUUGCAUUCAAACGGACUUUCAUUUGGAAGACUGAGGCCAUUUCUGCCUGAAGCAACCUUUAUAGUUUGAAGCCAGUUUGUAGUAUUCUUUUCCUCUGAAAUGUCUACUGCUGUGAAUGCUGUAUGAUGUGUGCAUUUUUUUUUCUGUUAUUGAAUUGUGAGUCAAUGUGACCAGAAUUUGAUGCUGGUGGGGGUGGGUGAUGAGCACGCUUCAGAAUGAUUUGAAACUCUCCUCUUUCCAAGAGUGCGGGGGGUGUUUUGGUCUGUAAGUAAUAACAGGAAUGCUGUUUGCUGCAGUCAUGUGUUCUGUGUUUGGAUGCUUUUUACAAGAACUUGUCAAUGUAGGAUAUUCUUAAAUAAAACAAUUUAAUAUGUGUCUUGUGUA